AAAACUAGAAGAUUAAUAUACCUUGAAGCACGACUACCUGUACUAUAAACACUUUGUGCGUGUUUAUAAACGUAAAAUCAGCUGUCAAUUCGCUCGCUGCGUUUUCAUGCGCCUGUAUGUGUGUUCUGUGCAUGCACAGACAACACGUUCUUAGCGUUUGGUUACAAUAGCUUUUACCAAUGCAAACAUUGUGAUACCAGUAGGAAUUUAAUAUAUUAUUUUUCCUUGUGAUGCUAGUGGAGUAAAUAUUUAUUAACUUGCAAUCUAACCAGAAAUAACACGGCGCGAUGAGUGAAAACAAAAUUACCGAAUACAAGCUGCUCGAGCGACUCGGCAGCGGAACGUACGCAAUCGUGUACCGAGCCAUGAAAAAGACUACGAAAGAGAUUCUGGCGGUGAAGGUGAUGGCAAAGAGUAAACUCUCACAUUCGGCUAUGGAUAAUAUAAUUAGUGAAAUCAGUUUGCUAAAAAAACUAAAACACCGGCACAUCGUUGAGAUGCGCGACUUUCUCUGGGACGAUGAGAACAUCUACAUACUGAUGGAGUAUUGCAAUGCCGGCAACCUUUCGUCGUACAUCAAGCAGAACCGCACGCUCGACGAAGGGACGUGCAGGCGGUUCCUGCAGCAGCUUGCCCUUGCCUUGCGCUAUAUGCGCCAGAAUGACGUGAGCCACCUGGACCUGAAACCGGCCAAUCUGCUGCUCACGAAAGAAUCCGGCACGUACACACUGAAGGUGGGUGAUUUCGGAUUCGCGCAGCGUCUUAAGCUUAACCAGGAAAAUACGGCCGUGAAAGGGUCCCCGCUGUACAUGGCACCGGAAAUAUUGUUAAACACCUCGUACGGACCAGCGGCCGACCUGUGGAGCGUUGGAGUGAUACUGUACGAGUGUCUUUUCGGCAAGGCACCGUACAGUUCGACCAGUCUGCACGAGCUGGCCGGUCGGAUCCAUCGGAACGAUCCGAUCACCAUUCCACCCCGUCCAGCCAUUACGUCGGACUGCCGCCAACUACUUACCAGUCUGCUACAGCGCGAUCCGGCCCGCCGCAUCACGUUCGAGAAAUUUUUCGACGAUCCUUACCUCGAUUUGGCUCACGUGGCGUGUGAAGAAAAUCUCGAAAAAGCGAUCGAACUGAUAAACCGUGCAAUCGCGAAAGAACAGCAACAGGAGCUGGGUGCUGCCUACCGUGCCUACUGCCAAGGGCUGCAGUACUUUGUACCGAUAACGCGCGCGGAAUCGGACCCUACCAAACGACAGCUCUUGCGGCAACGCGUCCUAACGUACCUGAAUCGCGCGGAAACGCUCAAACAGCACAUUUACGCUAACAGUCAGACGAUGGAGCAGCAGCAACAAUAUGCGACAGGUUCGCACAAAGCAAAACCACCCGAUGAGAAAAGACCGGACCUCGGAUCAAAGGACCUGCCGGGUGGGAGUAAUGCUUGUGGUACCGAGGCGAAAGCACCAGAACCAGGCUUAGCUGAGCUAGCGCGUGAUUUUGAAAACAUUGCCCGCGGGCUCAAGAUUGGCCGUGAUGCGGAUAGGGAUGCGUCCGAGAACAAGCUAGACGUAGCACUGGACGGUUACACGACAGCGCUCGGUUUGCUCAUACCGGUACUGCACAAGGAUAUUACACCGACUCAGAAGAAACUGCUGCGACAACGGAUCGUGCACUGGAUGGAGGAGGCGGAACAUAUUAAAUCGAUCCGUUCCGCUCAAAUCAUGCAGGAGAUGGAAAGCACGGAAGCGAACCAUUACGGAUGCACCGUCCAGUGACGGGGUUGCCUGAAUCAAAUGGAAAACAACACAAUUUGCUCUCUCGCCUUUCAAUGACACGCUUACCGAUUCGAUUGCACACAUCGCACCGUAUGAACAACACACAAGCAGAUGAAACACAAACGCACGGGAUACUUCCGGGACUAAAAUCUGCAAGAACGUUACCCGGCUGUAGCGCACGGCUUUGGUA